UCCAUCUGUGCCCUUCAAGGGACAUGCACCGCCCCUUCUCUGCACGCCACUUCCUGCCUGGAUCUUCUCUGGGGACAAAGCGGUUCCAGUCACUCUCUCUCCCCCUCUCUCUCCCAAGGGCUGCAGCCUCGGUGGCCCCUUCCAGGGUGUGCUCAGAAAUGAAUGAGCACGACCCAGCUAUCCCUGAAGCAGGAAAAGGCCCUGAUGCCAUCAAGUCUGGGACCUGCACAGAGAAAUUCCUUGGGGAAAACAUGCAGAAGAUCUUGGGGAACAGCAACCUCUUCUUAGAUGUCCAGUCCCAGCAGUUCAGGUAUUUCUGCUACAAGGAAGGCAUGGGGCCCCGAGAGGCUUGCAGUCGACUCCAUCUUCUUUGCCAUCGGUGGCUCAAGCCAGAGCGGCACACAAAGAACCAGAUCCUGGACCUGGUGAUCCUGGAACAGUUCCUGAGGAUCCUUCCGCCAGAGAUGGAGAGCUGGGUGAGGGAAUGUGGAGCAGAGACCAGUUCCCAGGCGGUGGCCCUGGCUGAAGGAUUCCUCCUGAGCCAGGCAGAGGAGAAGAAGCAGGAAGAGUGGCAGGAAAAGGGUCUGUUUGGAGGAAAAAGAAAUUAUUUUUCCGAGGCAGAGAGGACUUCAUUGGACACCAGACAGAGGCCGCUGGGUGCUGGAACGAUGUCACCAAGACCUACUAAACCUUCUCUUUGUGGUGUAUGGGAAGCUGCUGCUGUUCCAUGUGAUCAGGGUCCAGUGGUCUUUGAGGAUGUGGCUGUGUAUUUCACGGAAGAGGAGUGGGCCCUGCUGGAUCCUGACCAGAGAGCUCUGCACAAGGAAGUCAUGGAGGAGAAUUGUGGGACUCUGGCCUGUCUUGAUGGUGACGAAUGGGAAGUCAAGAAUAAGAGAGAACUGGGCGGGAAAGAGAUAUCUGAAAAAGACAGAUCUAAGAAGAAAGAAGAGCAGGGAAGGAAAACUGAAGCAGAAGAGAAGAGGAGGAGUGAAUCCUCUCCUUCUCAGGGCAGUGACUGCCAUGAGAUUUCAGUCCGAGAAAAAACAGAUGCAAGAAACAAAGGAAGUAAUAUUUUUGGUUAUUGGAAAAGUCUCAAUUAUCAAAUAGAUUGCAAAGCCCACAGCAAAAAACCCAAAGUCCAGAAACUGUAUGAAUGCUUGGAAUGUGGAAAGAACUUUCCUUCCAGUUAUAAACUUACUAUCCAUGCUAGAAUUCAUACUGGGGAGAAACCGUAUAAAUGUUUAGAAUGUGGAAAGAGCUUUAGAGUCAGUUUUGAGCUUUCUUCCCACAAAAGAAUUCACACUGGGGAGAAACCAUAUAAAUGCUUGGAGUGUGGAAAGAGCUUCAGUGAUAAGAGAAACCUUACAUUCCAUCAAAGAAUUCACACCGGGGAGAAACCAUAUAAAUGCUUGGAGUGUGGAAAGAGCUUCAGUGAUAAGAGAAACCUUACAUUCCAUCAAAGAAGUCACACUGGGGAGAAACCAUAUAAAUGCUUGGAGUGUGGAAAAAGCUUCAUUCGCAAGACAUCUCUCACUAAUCAUCAAAUAAUUCAUACUGGGGAGACCCCAUAUAAAUGCAUGGAAUGCGGAAAGGGCUUUCCUUCCAAUUCUAAACUUACUUUCCAUAAAAAAAUUCACACUGGGGAGAAACCAUAUAAAUGCUUGGAAUGUGGGAAGAGCUUCAAUCAAAAGACAUCUCUCACUAAUCAUCAAAUAACUCAUACUGGGGAGAAACCAUAUAAAUGUUUGGAAUGUGGAAAGAGCUUCAGUCAGAAGAUAUGUCUCAUUAAUCAUCAAAGAAUUCAUACAGGGGAAAAACCAUAUAAAUGCUUGGAGUGUGAAAAGAGCUUUAGUCACAAGACAUCCCUCACUAAUCAUCAAAGAAUUCAUACAGGAGAGAAACCAUAUAAAUGCCUGGGGUGUGGAAAAGGUUUCAGUCGCAAGAUACGUCUCACUAAUCAUGAAAGACUUCAUACAGGGGAGAAACCGUAUAAAUGUUCGGAAUGUGGAAAGAGCUUCAGUCAAAAGACGUCUCUCACUAAUCAUCAAAUAACCCAUACAGGGAAGAAACCAUAUACAUGCUUGGAGUGUGGAAAGAGCUUCAGUCAGAAAAUAUUUCUCACUAAUCAUCAAAGAAUUCAUAAAGGAGAGAAACCCUAUAACUGCCUGGAGUGUGGAAAGAGCUUCAGUCACAAGACAUCUCUCACUUUGCAUCAAAUACUUCAUACAGGGGAGAAACCAUAUAAAUGCUUGGAGUGCGGAAGGAGCUUCAGUCAGAAGAUACGUCUCACUAAUCAUCAAAGAAUUCAUACAGGGGAGAAACCAUAUACAUGCUCGGAAUGUGGAAAGAGUUUCAUCCAGAAGACAUAUCUCACUUUGCAUCAAAGACUUCAUACCGGGGAGAAGCCAUAUAAAUGCUUAGAAUGUGGAAUGGGGUUCAGAGCCAGUUCUCACCUUUGUUCCCACAAAAGAAUUCACACCGUGGAGAAACCAUAUAAAUGUUUGGAAUGUGGAAAGAGUUUGAGCUGCAAGAAACAUCUCACUUCCCAUCAGGGAAUUCACACAAGAGACAAAUUUUUAAAUAAUUUCUUUGAAAAUCUGAUACAUAACUCUCUGUCCUUUCCUUUCCUGCAUGUCACUUUCUGCCUGGAUCCACUUUCUGCCUGGAUCGUUUCUGGGAGGAAAGCAGCUCCUGUCUCUCUCCCAAGGGCUGCAGCCUCGGUGGCCCCUUCUGCAAUCUGCUCAAAGAUGAAUGAGCACGACUCAGCUAUCCCUGAAGCAGGAAAAGGCCCUGAUGCCAUCAAGUCUGGGACCUGCACGGAGAAAUUCCUUGGGGAAAACAUGCAGAAGAUCUUGGGGGACAACAGCCUCCUCUCAGAUGUCCAGUCCCAGCAGUUCAGGCAUUUCUGCUAUGAGGAAGCCAUGGGACCUCGAGAGGCUUGCAGUCGACUCCAUCUUCUUUGCCGUUGGUGGCUCAAGCCAGAGCAGCACACAAAGAACCAGAUCCUGGACCUGGUGAUCCUGGAACAGUUCCUGAGGAUCCUUCCACCGGAGAUGGCGACCUGGGUGAGGGAAUGUGGAGCGGAGACCAGUUCCCAGGCGGUGGCCCUGGCCGAAGGAUUCCUCCUGAGCCAGGCAGAGGAGAAGAAGCAGGAAGAGCGGCAGGAAAAGGGUCUGUUUGGAGGAAAACGAACUGAUUUCUCCAAGGCAGAGAGGACUUCAUCGGACACCAGACAGAGGCCGCUGGGUGCUGGAAUGAUGUUGGCAAGACCUACUAAACCUUCUUCUCUUUCUGGUGGAGGGGACGCUGCUGCUGUUCCACAUGAUCAGGGUCCAGUGGUCUUUGAGGAUGUGGCUGUGUAUUUCACGGAAGAGGAGUGGGCCCUGCUGGAUCCUGACCAGAGAGCUCUGCAUAAGGAAGUCAUGGAGGAGAAUUGUGGGACUCUGGCCUGUCUUGAUGGUGACAAAUGGGAAGUCAAGAAUAAGAGAGAACUGGGUGGGAAAGAGAUAUCUGAAAAAGACAGAUCUAAGAAGAAGGAAGAGCAGGGAAGGAAAACUGAAGCCGAAGAGAAGAGAAGGGAUGAAUCCUCUCCUUCUCAGGGCAGUGACUGCCAUGAGAUUUCAGUCCGAGAAAAAACACAUGCAAGAAACAAAGGAAGUAAUACUUUUGGUUACUGGAAAAGUCUCAAUUUUAACAAAAAUGGCAAACCCCAUACCAAAAAGAAACUCUAUGAAUGCUUGGAAUGUGGAAAGAACUUUCCUUCCCAUUACAAACUUACUAUCCAUGCUAGAAUUCAUACUGGGGAAAAACUGUAUCAAUGUUUAGAAUGUGGAAAGAGCUUCUUUGAUAAGAGAAAUCUUACAUUCCAUGAAAGAAUUCACACUGGAGAGAAACCAUAUAAAUGCUUGGAGUGUGGAAAGAGCUUCAUUCGGAAGACAUCUCUCACUAAUCAUCUAAUAUCCCAUACUGGGGCAAAACCAUAUACAUGCUUGGAGUGUGGAAAGAGCUUCAUUCGGAAGACAUCUCUCACUAAUCAUCAAAUAUCCCAUACUGGGGCAAAACCAUAUAAAUGCUUGGAGUGUGGAAAGAGCUUCAUUAAUAAGACAAAUCUUACAUUCCAUGAAAGAAUUCACACUGGGGAGAAACCAUAUAAAUGCUUGGAAUGUGGAAAGAGCUUCAUUCGGAAAACAUCUCUCACUAAUCAUCUAAUAUCCCAUACUGGGGAGAAACCAUAUAAAUGCUUGGAAUGUGGAAAAUGCUUUGGUAACAAGACAUCUCUCACUAAUCAUCUAAUAUCCCAUACUGGGGAGACCCCAUAUAAAUGCAUGGAAUGCGGAAAGGGCUUUCCUUCCAAUUCUGCACUUCAUUUCCAUAAAAACGUUCACACUGGAGAGAAACCAUAUAAAUGCUUAGAGUGUGAAAAGAGGUUUAAUCACAAGACAUCUCUCACUAAUCAUCAAAGAAUUCAUACAGGGGAGAAACCAUAUAAAUGCCUGGAGUGUGGAAAGAGCUUCAGUCAAAAGAUCUCUCUCACUGAUCAUCAAAGACUUCAUACAGGGGAGAAACCAUAUAAAUGCCUGGAGUGUGGAAAGAGCUUCUGUCGGAAGAUACAUCUCACUAAUCAUCAAAGGCUUCAUACAGGGGAGAAACCAUAUAUAUGCUUGGAAUGCGGAAAGAGCUUCAGAACCAGUUCUCACCUUUCUUCCCACAAAAGAAUUCACAUUGGGGAGAAACCAUAUAAAUGUUUGGAGUGUGGAAAGAAUUUUAGCUGCAAGAGAUAUCUCACUUCCCAUCAGGGAAUUCAUACAAGACAGAAAUUGUUAAGUAAUGCUUGAAUUGUUGAGAGAGCUUCGGACAAAACAGCAAUGUCAUCAUCCAAGAAUUCACAAAAGAGGGAAAACCAUGUUAAUGUGCUGAGUGUACAAAACUUAUGUCCCCGGUGAAAAAUGGGAGGGGACUGAAUAUACUUUAGUUAACUUGAUCAAUGGUUGUUCUGUUUCUUGAUACGAUAUUGAUAUGAAUACCAGUUACUGGAAACCUCAGGAGGGGAGAGUGCUCUUGCACUCAGGUCCUGCUUGCGGGCUCCCCAGGGGUUCUGGUUAGCCUGAUCCAAGAGUUUCUUCUUAUGUUCUUACUUGUGUUGCUAGUGUAUAU